AAUGCUAACCUGCCACCUCCAUUCCAUGUCCACCCGCUUUCCCCGCUCGCCACAUUUCCGAUUAUCUUUUAUUCUUUCACGCGGAAAUUCUCCCCCCUCAGAUCUCAUUGCAGUUCCAAGGGCGAGGGCGAACCCUAGCUUGUCUGAUUCGAGGAAUUCGUAGGUUUUGCGGUUGCUAUUUGCUAAUUGACAUUAAUUGCUGUUGUCCGAUUCGAGGAUUUUGAUGAGGGUUUCGCGUAAAUAUUGGAGGGUUUUGAUCCUCUGCUUGCUCGGCGUUUCAGUUUUUGGUCCCAUUUUUCUGCUGUCGGAUCGGCUCAACUCCAAUUUAAAUGUUUCGAAGGUUGGCGUCCAGGAUUUGGCGAUUAUUAAACAGAGAAGAAAGGUGCAGACGCUGAGUGUAAUAAAGCAGGAGGAAAAUGAAGGCUUGAAAGUACCACCAAUGGUGGUGCGCAAAGAUGAAACCUCUAAUUCUUCUGUUGAUUUUAGUUUUAACAAGAAUGUAAGAAAUUUUGGCCAAGUUAAUGUUGCAGGGAGUGAUCCGGUUGUCUCGGAAAUGAAUGUUUCGCUGUCUAGACAUGAGUUGGUUAAGGAUGCGCGAAAAAGAGCAGAGGUGAACGAGACAACAGUUUCUCGGACGGAGAACGAUCAAUCGAUGCAAAAAUUGGACGAGAGAUUGAAAGAGAUGAAAGACCAAGUGAUCAAGGCGAGAGCGUACAUAAGUUUUGCACAUCUGAACGGAAGUCCUCAGCUCGUGAAAGAGUUGCGAGUUCGGUCGAGAGAGAUCGAACGAGUCAUGAACCACUGCAUCAGAGAAUCCCGUGUUUCCCGGAGUGCUUUGCAGAAAAUGAAAGCUAUGGAGUCGACUCUAUCAAAAGCUCGUCGAACAUAUCCUGAUUGUCCUGCCAUGGUAAAGAAACUUCGAGCCAUGACUCACAAUGCCGAGGAACAGAUCGAGGCACAAAGAAAGCAAGAAAAUUUUCUUCGAGCGAUCGGCGGGAGAACCAUCCCGAAAGGCCUUCAUUGCUUGUCGAUGAAAUUGACUGCCGAAUAUUUCGCCCGAGAGCCGAAGAAACGAGCGGUCCUUUACAAACAAGAAACGAAGGAUCCUAAUCUUUAUCACUUCGCUGUUUUCUCCGACAAUAUAUUGGCCUGUUCUGUCGUCGUGCGCUCGACUAUCGCAAACACCCAGGAACCGGAGAGGGUAGUUUUUCAUGUAGUGACUGAUUCGUUGAACUUCCCGGCAAUGUCGAUGUGGUUCUUAUCGAACCCUCCCUCCCGAGCGACAGUCCACGUCGAAAGCAUCGAAAAUUUCGGGUGGCUAUCGACAAAAUAUAACGUGACGACUUUGCAGAAGGAGGGUUCGGUUGAUAAGCGAUACACUUCCGAGCUGAACCACCUCAGGUUCUAUUUGCCAGACGUGUUUCCGUACUUAAACAAGAUCGUUCUCCUCGAUCACGACGUCGUGGUGAAACGGGAUUUGACGCGACUUUGGGGUACCAACACGAGAGGCAAAGUAAACGGCGCGGUGCAGACAUGCAAUGACAGCGAGCCCUCCUUCCGUCGUCUCGAUACGUUCAUCGAUUUCACAGACCCGGGAAUCGCGAAUAAAUUCGACGCCAAUUCGUGCACGUGGGCCUUCGGGAUGAAUGUGUUCGACCUCCGGGAAUGGCAACGGCGGAAUCUAACGGCAGUCUAUCGAAAGUACCGUCGACUGGGUGAUAAGAAGCCGUUUUUGUUUAAAGCCGGGAGCUUACCGAUCGGCUGGCUAACAUUCUACAAGCACACGUUCGCGUUAAACAAGAGCUGGCAUGUUCUCGGGCUGGGAAAUGACGCAGAUGUGAGGCAGGACGAUAUUGACCGUGCCGCCGUCGUGCACUACGACGGAAUCCGGAAGCCGUGGCUCGAUAUCGGGUUCGAAAAAUACAAGAAAUUGUGGAAGAAGUAUGUCAAAUUUGAGCAUCCGUAUCUACAGGAGUGCAAUGUUCAUGAGUAGAGCUGAAGUUUCAGAAAGGCUCAUAUAGAUAUAUACAUAAUUGUGCCAUUCUUAUACUGAUUAAUCACCAUCCAUGGUGUGUAUUUAAAUUUUUUAUUUUAUUGAUUUUUUUGUUUUUAUAAAUACACAUGGCAGAUAGUAAUUGGUCGGUUUAGAAAAGAUAAAUGAUACAAUAUUAUUUUUUUUCAUUUA